CACACACACACACACACACACACACAGUGUUUAUUCCUCUUCCGCAGCAUUUGCUUGGUUCGCUGUGCACUUCUUCGUUCCUUCCUCCUUUUUUCCAUAGGUGCAUGUAUGCAUGGCUCAGCGCCAUCCUCUCGGUUCAUUUUCAUCUGGACCUCUGAUAUCAAGUCAGUCCCUUGAGCGCAUCUGUGCUAUCCUCCCUGUGCACUUGAGGUGCCUGUGCUUCCCAAGCACGCCUCGUCUUCUCCGUUUCUGGUGGUGGCCAUUACCCACCUUUCUUCUCUCCUCUCUCGUCCACUCUCCUUCAUCCAUCCCUUCUCUCUCCCCUCUUUCCUCUCCUGCGCGCUAUCCUGCGCCAUGCCUCGGACUGCAUCGUCAGUGGUGUGGAAGGAUGCGUAUCUGACGACCCACGGCGUUGGGCCGGGUGUUCUGCCCACUCCAACAGUCGAUAGCCCACCUUUUCUCCGCUGCCCGGGCUUCACCUUCAAGUACCCGCUGCCGGACGCCCGCCCCUCGACACCGCUGAGCACCCAAGUGCAGACCAGCUGCAGCGGCUGGAGGCUCAAGGCAGAGAGGAACAACGGCAGCAGCAAGACAGUGCUCUUGCCCGCCUACCUGCAGAUGGCUGCUCCCACCGACCCAACGCACACGACACAAGACGAGCACCAGCCCAAGCGAGCAAAAUGGUCGUUGCCAAUACCAGCUGUCGACAGCAGCCGUGGUUCCAGCUCAAGUGCCGGUGCCAUCUCCGUCCUUCGAGCACGUGUCACCCCACCCCGCGCCUACCAAGCAAGCGAGGACGUCGUGCGCGCCGUACAUGCGGAGGCGGAUGCCGCGGUCCGAGCCCUGGGGAUGCUCGAGACCCGGGGGUGUGCGGCGUUUUCCCCCAGCGCAUGUCUGAGCCAGAACGUGUCCGAAGAGCAGCUGCAGGAGCUAAGAGUCACCCUCCCCGACGAGCUGCACUGGCGCGGAGGCGGCACCAUGCUCGCCGGGCUUGAUGUCGUUCGCGGCGUGAACAGUCAAUCUAUCCGCCUGGAGGAGGCAGGAUGGGCGACGCCUGCACACCAGGACCGCGACCGCCUGAUGCAAGUCCACAUCAACGUCGGGCCGGGGUCGUGCGUGUGGUACGGCAUUGCUCUCGAGCACGUGGGCCGCGUUGAGUCGCUCUGCAAGAAGAAUGGUAUCGACUUCAAGGAAGCGUGGUGGUGGCCGACUCCUGACGAGCUCGACAAGGAGAACAUUCCGCUGGUGCGGUUCAUCCAAGGGCCGGGCGAAGCUGUCCUUAUCAACCCGGGCGCUCUCCACUGGGUUCGGGUGCUUGGCCAGUGCGUACGUUGGUCGUGGAGGCUUGCGCCAUUGUGUGCGCUGCAGUAUGAGGUGAUGCUUCGUGCUGACUACCGGCGUUUGCGCUUCUACGUGCUUCCGCGCCGCCACCUUGCGCGCUGUAUUCUGUCGCGGGAGCCGGAGCGCCUGCCGCGUGACGCUGCCCUGUGUGCGGCCAUGCUGCGCGUGGUGACGCAGGACCUGGAGGAGCACCGGGCCGUCUGCGCAGACAAGAUGCUGAAGGGCACUAGGCGUGUGCCGGGCAACGAAGUGUGCUACAUGUGCCGUGGUGAUGUGGGCAACGUCUACUUUCUCACAUCGCCGUGUAAGCUGUUCUGCGUCCCGUGCCGCAACAUUAUCGUCGCCCGCAUGCGCGCCCGCGCCUAUUCGCGCGGAGAGCAACUGUCCGACUCGCACUUUGAGGACAUCUACCCGCACAUGUGGGAAUGCGGCGACGACCCCAUGGACUUGUUUGACCGGUUCCGCUUUGCUUGGUGUGAGGAGGAACAAGAGGCCAUGAUUGCGGCCACGCAGCGGCACCUGGCACAGCUGCCUGGCGGGAAAGAGGAUGAGGAGCCAGACCUGGCAACGUCCGCCCCCACAUCCCCAACGGCCGCUUACGAGCUCCCCGCCCCCGCCAGCAGCCCCGUCACCCUCGACAGCCCCGACGGCAACGGCAGCAGCAGCGCAGUCACACCUGCCUAUGAGACUGGGCGCAGGGACUACAGUGCACGUGCCCUUGCCACGACAGACUAUGCCAUGUCCAGCGCCACGGUGCCAACGGCUGCUUUCGAGCUCACCCUCGAUAGCCCCGACGGCAACGGCAGCAGCAGCGCAGCUGCACGCGUCUCUGUCACACCUGCCUAUGAGACUGGGCGCAGGGACUACAGUGCACUUGCCCUUGCCACGACAGACUAUGCCAUGUCCAGCGCCACGGUGCCAACGGCUGCUUUCGAGCUCACCCUCGAUAGCCCCGACGGCAACGGCAGCAGCAGCGCAGCUGCACGCGUCUCUGUCACACCUGCCUAUGGGACUGGGCGCAGGGACUACAGUGCACGUGCCCUUGCCACGACAGACUAUGCCAUGUCCAGCGCCACGGUGCCAACGGCUGCUUUCGAGCUCACCCUCGAUAGCCCCGACGGCAACGGCAGCAGCAGCGCAGCUGCACGCGUCUCUGACACGCCUGCCUAUGAGACUGGGCGCAGGGACUACAGUGCACGUGCCCUUGCCACGAUGGACUAUGCCGCCGUGGCUGCGGAUGCCGUCAGCGGGCUUGAUGCUCUGUCGAGGCUGGCCUUCUUGCUGUGGAGUGCGAGGAGUGGACGUGUGUUUCCCGUGCAGCUUCUGUCCCCGUGAUGCGGCCACUACUGACCAGUGUGCUCUUGCUCCGGGGUUGGUGGUGGCAUGGCUCUACUUGGGUGCGAUUUGUGCUCGGUUGUGUUUGUUGACUUUCCCUUCAUCCUCUUCUCUUGCUUAAUGAUUGGCGUUUGUGCUGUCCUCUUGGGGGCCUCUUUCUUCUUUAUUUUGUGUGAGGGCCGUGUGUUGUUUUGGGGGGGGGGCAGGUGGCGUUGUGUCUGUUUGUGUUCGUUUGCUUCUCCUUUGAAUGUGUUGGUGUGCGUGGGUGAUGGCGGUGCCCCUCGCCUGUGCAGCGAAUAAAUUGUCGGAAGC